AUGUUCGGGCUCGAGGAGUAUGUGCACGACAUACUCAGCCGCAGCCUGGGCCAGUUUGUCGCCGUGCCUCGCGACGGCAUCUCCUUCUCCAUUUGGGAGGGCGAAGGCGUACUCGACGGCGUUAGCGUGCGGCCCGAUGCGCUGGCCUCGCUUGCGCUCAGAGUGGUGGCGGGUCGAGUGCGUCGGAUUCGGUUGAUCGUGCCUUGGCACGCGCUCCGGUCGGUCCCCGUCAUGAUCAAGAUUGAGGGCCUCGAGCUGCGAGUGCAGCGGUCGGACGACUCUCCGCAGCCAGCCGACGCCGGCGAGAGGGCCACUGCCACUGCCGCCGCCGCCAACGAAGCCAUGCAGGGUGCGGAGUUCAGGACCCUCAGCCGCUACUUUGAGCGGAUCGCUGCGCUUGUGCUCAGCAACAUCGCCAUUGAGAUGGACGGCUCCGCCGAGUCGAGCCUCGACGCGUGGGGCGUGGCGCUGCUCGACGAGACGGACACGCGGAUCCUCCUCGAGACGGGCGAGUCCGCGGCGCCGCCAGGCGGCAGGCUACUGUGGGAGGAUGCGCUGUGGGCGGUGCGCGUGCGGCUGCUUGGUCGGAUGCCCGGCGCGCCGCCUGCAGAGGGCGAGGCGGCGGAGGGUGCUGCCGCCGGGCCGACGCUGCAGCGGAGCGACUCGGAGUGGCACCUCGCCGACGCCGACGAGGCGGAGGCGGAGUGCGGCAGCGGCGCGGCCGACGGCGCGGAGGGCGCGGCGCACGACGCCGCGUCGUGCUUGCGGCUCGAGCCCGGCCACGCCAAGGCGCACUUUGCGCGCGGGCGGGCCCUCUACCUGCUCUCCGACUUUGGGCGCGCGUUCUGGCACUACGAGCGCGGAGACGCCGCGGGCGGCGACGCUUGGUCGGCGCUGCACCAGUCUGCGGAGAGGGGCUCGACCGACUGCCUCGUCUUGCUGCUGGCGCACGGGAUGGAUUCGCGCUUCGCCGACGCGCACGGGCGCACGCCGCUCAUGGCUGCGCUCGAGGCGUGCCACGUCGACGCCGCACUGGCGCUGGUGCCGCUGUCGGACGUGAGCGCGGCCGGGCCUCUCGGCAGGACGGCGCUGCACUGCUGCGCGGCGCGAGGGCUCGCCUCGUGCGCGGCGCGGCUGCUCGACGCGCGCGCGAGUCCGACCGCGCGCGACGGCCGCGGCCGCACGCCGCUGCACGCCGCGGCGGAGGCCGGUGCGAUCGCCGUGAUGGCUCAUUUGUUGGCGGCCGACGGCGGGAAAGAGGCGCUCGACGCGCGGGACGCGGACGGGUGCACUCCGGCGCUGCUCGCACUGCAGUCGGCCCGGCCGGCGCCGCUCUUCGCGGAGGGGACGGCCGGAGGCGGAGGCGGAGGCGGAGGGGGCGGCGGCCACUCACCGCCGAUGCUGCUGCAGGCCGCGGGACUCUGCCUCAGCCACCGGGGGCGGACGGCCCCACUGUUUGACCAUCGCUUCAUGUCAUCAGUUGCGCCCGCUGCUUCAUUCACCGCGGAGACUCUCCCCGCGAACCGCAACGCGGAGGCCGGCUCGCCGGCAAGCCGGGUCGCAGCGAUCGAGGUCGCUGCGGCGAGAGCGCGAGGGUUCACUCGCGCUUCAGCAGGCGAAGAGGCGUGGCUUCCGUUCUCGCCUCCCACGUCGCUGCCGCCGUCGCCACGCUCGGAGAGCCCGACCCUCUUGCGCCGGCCGCCGACCGACUUUGGCACGCCCACACGAAAGCCACCUGCGAGUCGAGGUGACGGAGUCGAAGCGGUGCUGAUCACGCCGGCGGCCGCGAAACCUGCGAACCACUCUCACGGGAAUCAGGCCGAGAAGGAGCGAGACCAGAGCUCCAAGAAGUCCUUCGCUAACUCGGACCCGGCGCUGAUGGCCAACGUGCUCGGCUUUUGAAGCACUCACGGCUAUCAUGUCUGUGUACGAAUCUCACACAUGUCGACUGAGGCUGUCCUGUAUGUAUCAUACAGCAUGCCGCCCUCUGCGUCUCCUAGCUUUACGUCGACGUCGUGCGUGUGCGAUGUGUUGAUUGUGUUGCAUUGAUUGUGUUGAUUGUUGUGGCUUGUGCGCGCCCACGUGGGGCGCGGACUGUGGGGCCUGGGUCUGCGGCGCCGUCCGUUGAGGCGCAUGUGACGAAGGCGCUGAAAUCCUCCCAGUUCACGUCGUGGUCGUACAUGAUCGGAGCUUGGAUUGCGAUGUCGAAGGGCC